CGCGUCACCCAGGCCGGGGACAAAGGGCAGAGCGGCGGGGCCGGCGGCAUCGCCGGGCCUGACACGUAAGCCCCCUGCGGAUUGUCCGACAGCCCAGGGGAGGGGACCCCGGGAAAGGCUGCUGCGUCAGCCAGCCAGUGGCUGCGGGACCCCGACUCUGAGCCCUCACCGCGGCCACAGUCACCUGAACCUGAACCCUGAGCCCUGCGGCUGUCCCGGGCUGGGAUUGGCUCUGGGCGGUGAGCGCCAGCCGGCGGCACCAUGGCUCUGAGCCUUCUGCGGGACUGGUGCAGGGGGCUGGACGUGGACGUGCACAGGGCCCUGCUGGUCACCGGCAUCCCCGAGGGCCUGGAGCAGGCGGCCAUCGAAGCCGCCCUGCAGCCGGCCUUCCUGCCCCUGGGCACGUUCCGGCUGCUAAACACGAGGGCCAUGAGGGACGAGAGGGCCAAGGCCGCCCUGGUGGAGUUCGUGGAGGACAUUAACCACUCCGCCAUCCCCAGGGAGAUCCCCGGCAAGGACGGCGGCGUCUGGAGGGUUCUGAGUAAGGACCGCGCGGAGGACACCAGGGUCCUGAGGCAGAUGAAACGCUUGUUGCUGGAUGAAAGGGCCCCGGGGGACACGCCCACCCCUCCCACCUCGGAGACGGAGGCCCAGGGGUCGGAGCCGGCGGCCAGGGAGGCUGGCCCCCCUCCGGGUGCAGCCAGCAGGGCCAGGAGGGGCCGUCGGAGUCGCAGAAGCAGAGCCAGAGGCAACAGGUUGACCCAGAAGGGCAAGAAGAGAGGCCGAGGAGGGCGGCCGUUCACCUCCACCAGGCGCGAGUCCGAGGACUCCUCCUCCGACAGCCUGGGCAUCGUGAUCGAGGAGAUCGACGAGGAGGACCUGAGCGGGGACGACGACCAGAGAGCCCUGUACACCACGCUCCAGGUCGCCGCCAAGGAGCUCGUGAAGAAGUGGGCCCUCCAGGGUGACACAGAGGAUGGAGACGGCCCCCGUGAGUUCUUGGCUCUGGUGACAGUGACGGACAAAGCCAAGAAGGAGGAGAUGGACAAAGAAACCCCUGGGGCUGAGUCCAUCAGCCUGAACAUCGAAGACCUGAGCGGGGUCCCCGACUUAGUGGCCCUACUGGCUGUGAGAGACACUUCGGACGAGGAGCCCAUAGACAGCGAUGCUUCCGAAAGCGAGUCGCAGGAAAACGGGGACCAAGAACAUGAGGGGAGCAAUCCUGAGUUUGUGGCCAUUGUGGCAUAUACAGACCCCUCGGACCCCUCCGCCCGGGAGGAGAUGUUGAAAAUCGCUUCUGUGAUUGAGUCACUGGGCUGGAGCGACAAGAAAGAGAAAAAAGAUGCGCUCCCCGAGGUCCUGUCCGUCAUGUCCAAGGACACUUCGGGAACCCGUGUGAAGGUGGAGGAGGCAGGCCGCCAGGUGGACGCCAUGGUCCUGAGGAAGGCCAAGGACGACGGGAACCUUCUGGAAUGUAUUUCUACCUUGGCUGAGCCGGAGACCCUCCCCAAGGGGAAGAAGGUGCCGCGUGGCCUCUUCGGGGGCUGGGGUGAUGAGGAGGAAGAGGAAGGGGGCCUCCUGGAGCUAGUGGCGCUUCUGGCUGCCCAGGACCUGGCUGAGGUGAUGAAGGAAGAAAAGGAAGAAGCCUGGGACGGUGGGAAGUUCAAAUACGCCAAGGGCAGCCUGGGGGAGGUCCUGGCGCUCCUGGCAGCGCGUGAGAACAGGGAGUCGGAGGAGGAGUCGGAGGAGGCUUCGGACGGGGACUCAGAGGAGGCGUCUGAGGACACCGAGAGCGAGGAGUCGGAGCCUGAAGAUCGGGCUUCCAGGAAGCCUCGGGCCAAGCGAGCCCGCACGGCCUCGAAGGUCCUGGGUCAGGCUGGCGGCCCCUCGGGGUCCCGCAAAACCCGACGGGGAGGCCGAGGCCGCAGCGGGCGAGGCAACACUCCCGAGAAGAAAGCCAAAGACAAGGACGAGGCGGCGGGCGACAAGAAGAAGAAGAAGGGGCGUGCGGGCGCCGGAGCCCGCGCCAAGACCGGCGAGGCCAGGGGGCAGGCACCCACCAGCUCCAAGACGGCCCGCGGGAAGAAGGCUCGUAGGGGCGGUAGGCUGCCCCCCAAGUGCCGCUAGUGGCUCCCAGAGACAGCCAGGCAGCGGCCGGCCACGUGGCCUCUCCCUCCGCGCUCCCUCCGCCCUCCCUGCAGCAGAGGCCGGUCUCUCGCUUAACCGUGCGCUCUGUGCUCUGCUGUGCGCCAGGCGCGCACCGCGGGUCUCACCUUUACCUUCCAGUCCCUCCUUUGCAGGUGGCGCGAGCGAUCCUGAUGGAAGAAGGAGAGAGAAACGGGCACCCCCCCCCCCCGGAGGCAGCAGCCCCAGGUGAUGGGACCCUGUCUCAAAGGGCACCAGGCAGUGUGGCUUUGUGUGUCCCCCAGCUAGCACGGGGUGAGUGUGUCCGCAGUCGAGGGCACCUGCAGAAGCCAGCAGUGCAGUGAGUUCUUUGACUCUUCGUGGGGCCACGAAGGUUCCAGACAUGCUUCUGGCCAGCAUCUGUAGGCCCCUGCCUCCCCUCCCCCAACCUGAUGGGCCUGGGGUCUGUGGUGGAGGCUUGGCCACCAACCGUCCAGUGGAUGUCAGGGUGAAGCUGAGCUGCCUGCCUGGAGGAGGGACCGGUUCCAGAAAGAGAAGCCCGAGAGGCAGAGGGGCAGCUCCUCGGGAAGCGGGGAAG